AUGAAGACUUCACCACUUACACUUUUGGCUGCCGCCACUACCGCGGCGGCGGCUGGCCCUCGCAAUGUCAUGUACUUUGACCAAUGGCACAAAACGACGCUUCCUCCCAAGGACGUCACCGCAGGCAUCAACUAUGUCAUUACCGCUUUUGCGCCCUCGACCACUUUCAACUGGGGCAGCUCCUACACGCCCUUUAUGCCUCUUGACGACAUCCGCAAGCUUUUUGACGAGGGCACCAAGGUCUGCAUGGCCAUUGGCGGCUGGGGCGACACGUCGGGCUUCAGCACCGGCGCCGUCUCUGAUGAGUCUCGCAAGCGCUACGCCAAGAACGUCGCCGAUGCCCUCACCGCUCUCGGUUACGACUGCGUCGACGUCGACUGGGAGUAUCCCGGCGGCAACGGCGAGGACUACAAGCAGAACCCCAACUCGGGCAAGGUCGCCGAGAUUGAGACGUACCCGCUGCUGCUCAAUGAGAUCAAGGCCGCCAUCGGCGACAAGGAGCUCUCCAUUGCCGUGCCCGGCAAGGAGGGCGACAUGAUUGCCUUUACCGCCGCGCAGGUGCCCAAGAUUGCCGCCGCCGUCGACUUUGUCAAUGUCAUGACGUACGACCUCAUGAACCGCCGCGACACCGUCACCAACCACCACUCGUCGGUCGAGGGCUCCCUCGCCACCAUCGAGACUUACCUCGCGCGCGGCAUGCCCGCCGGCAAGAUGAACCUCGGCUUCGCCUUUUACGCCAAGUGGUUCACCACAAAGGACGGCGCGACCUGCGACCAGCCCACCGGCUGCCCGACGGCCGUCCUCGAGAACCCCGACGGCGGCGACACGGGCCUGUCGGGCGCCGUCACGUUUGAGGCGGAGAACUAUGGCGGCGGCGCGUUCCUCAACGCCAUGACCAACGGCAAGCCCGACACGGAAAGGGGCGGCCAGUGGUACUGGGACGCCGCGGCCAAGGUCUACUGGACGUGGGACACGCCCGAGUUCAUCGCCAAAAAGGUGGCCGAGAUUGUCAAGGCCAAGAAGCUGGGCGGCGUCAUGGGAUGGAGCCUCGCCCAGGACAGCCAUGACUGGAGCCACCUCAAGGCUCUGCAGAGCGGUCUCAAGAGCCUGUAA